CAGUUAGAGGGCGGGGCAUCAGAACCGAACGUGUUCAUCAAAUGAAUCUGUCACUCGAGUUCAUUUAUUCUUUUAGACUGAGUUUAUUAAAAGCAAAGGGAUUAAAAAAAGAUGAAUGAGACAUUAUUUUCAGGGCUUUUCGACUUCGAGAGGAAGUUCGAUGAAAAAGUGGCGUUUAAAUGGUUUGAGGAAAACUGGACCACAUCCUUUGUUCUGUCUGCUCUAUACGCCGUGGUUAUUUUCCUUGGCCAGUACCUGAUGAGGGACAGACAGAAGCUGGACCUGCGUGUUGCACUGGUGCUUUGGUCCUCCAGCCUGGCUGUGUUCAGUAUAAUAGGAUCAGUGCGUUCAGGAUCGUACAUGCUGCACCUUCUCAACACCGGUGGGUUAAGACAGAGCGUGUGUGACACCAGCUUCUACAGUGCCCCCAUCAGCAAGUUCUGGGCCUACGCCUUCACCCUCAGCAAAGUACCAGAGUUUGGAGACACGGUGUUCAUCGUUCUGCGUAAGCAGCGUCUGAUCUUCCUGCACUGGUACCACCACAUCACGGUGCUGCUGUACACGUGGUACACCUACAGUGAGAGAACUGCAGGAGGCUGCUGGUUCAUCACCAUGAACUUCACCGUGCACUCACUCAUGUACAGCUACUACGCUGUGAAAGCGGCCGGCCUGCGCCUUCCUCGGCCCUGCGCCAUGAUCAUCACCAUCCUCCAGAUUUUACAGAUGGCUCUGGGUCUGAUGGUCCUCGGGCUCGUGUACCGCUGGAAGAACGACACGGUGUGCAGAUCUACAGAGAGCAACAUCACCUGGGGCUCGCUUAUGUACCUCAGCUACCUUCUGCUCUUUGCUUCCUUCUUCUACCAGUCCUAUAUGAAGGGAGGGAAGAAGGACACGCCCACAGAGAGAAAAGCUAAAGCUGAAUAGAAUGUCCUGGGCAGGAGAGGGCGCUGCUUUUCUGUCCAAAUCUCCAACUAAUCCAGGGUUUGGGUUAUAGGACCUCAGGGUGUGUGUGUGUGUGUGUGUGUGUGUGUGUGUGUGUGUGUGUGUGUGAAAGAAACAUAGCCAGUACACAGGGAGCAGGUUUACACUAACAGAUGUUUUGCACAUUCUUAAAGUAAUGACUUAACAUCCAAUGAUAUCUAUCUAUCCAUCCAUUUAUCCAUCCAUCCAUCCAUCCAUCCAUCCAUCCAUCCAUCCAUUCUUACACUAUACUCAUCUACCCAUUCAUCCAAUCAUCUGUCUGUCCAGCCAUUUAUCCAUCUCUUAAUGAAUCUAACAGUAUACUGAAGAUGUUUAUUUAUUCAUCUAUCACUUCAUCCAGCUAUGAAGCCAAAAGUCUUCCCAUCCAUCCAUUCAUCCAUCCAUCCAUCCAUCCAUCCAUAUAUCCAUCCAUUAAUAAAUCUAAUAGUUUGUUUAUCUAUCAUCCAUCCAUCCAUCCAUCCAUGACUCUAACAGUGUACUCAUCCAACCAUCUGUCCAUUUAUCCAUCCAAACAUGAAUCUGUCAGUAUAUACAGUACAUCUGUCCAUUUAACAGAAUAUCCCUCUACCCAUCUAUCCAUGAAUCCAUUCACUAAUCCAUCCAUUUAUAUGCAUUUAUUUUUCUGUGUGCAUUUCUUCAUUUAUCAUUCUAUCAACCAGAAUUACAUCCACACAUUCAUCAUCUGUCCAUCCAUUCAGUUAUCUAUUUAUCUGUCCACCUGGCAAUUUAUCUAUCUAUCCAUCAGUAUGUGUAUCAACAAGUACUGUCAUUCUGAGCUUUUCUUUUAAACUGUUUUAUGUUUAAUAAAUUUUUUAUUUAAAAAAUCCA